CGCGUUGUUCUACUUGCCGCCGCUGUGUUCUUCGCUGCUCGUCGAUUUUAGCCGGACCUUUCUUCUUCCAAGACUAUCAUUUGUUGAUUCAUCUUGAAACAAGAUGGUUUUGCCAAACGAUGUUGAUCUUCUUAACCCACCUGCCGAGCUGGAGAAGAGGAAGCAUAAGCUCAAGAGACUUGUCCAAUCUCCAAACUCUUUCUUCAUGGACGUUAAGUGCCAAGGUUGUUUCAAUAUAACAACCGUAUUUAGCCACUCUCAAACUGUGGUGGUAUGCGGAAACUGCCAGACGGUUUUGUGCCAGCCGACGGGUGGUCGUGCUAGACUCACCGAAGGAUGCUCGUUCCGGAGGAAGGGUGAUUGAUCGGAUUCUUAGGAGAGUUACACAAGUUGAGUUAUUUAUGGAAGAUUUUUAAUGGGUUUUGUUUUAUAAAAACAUGUCAGUUUUGGAUACUUUUGUUGUGGAUUCAUGAUUUGGUUUUAUACAAUUCAUGGUAUGUUUUUUACAGCU